UGCAUAAAUGCGCGAAUCGAACAGAUGAGAAAAUUAGCCUUCUUGGACGAGAUACUGGAAGACUAUGACAACAGAGCUUGGCCAACAUACGGUACGGGUGAGCCGACCCAAAUUACGGCGAGCAUGUUCAUCUACAACGUGGGCCCUAUAGACGAGGAAAAUAUGGACUAUACGCUGGAUAUCUACCUUCAAGAAACUUGGCAGGACAAAAGACUUCGGCUAUCUCCGUUCGGGGUUAACGAGACACUCACCAUCGGAGACAAUGAUGUCGUAGACAAGAUAUGGAAGCCAGAUUUGUUCUUUGUGAAUGCCAAGGAGGCUUACACUCACGACAUUACGGUGCCUAACGUAUUACUAAAGAUAUCGGCCGAUGGAUCGGUAGUCCUCAACAUCAGGCUCACCGUCCGCCUGUCGUGUCUUAUGGAUUUCAGGCUUUAUCCAAUGGACAAACAAGAAUGCCACAUGGUAAUUCGUCCCUAUGCACACACCAUGGACAAAGCUGCCCUCACCUGGCGGGAAACGAAACCAGUACUGCUGGAGUUUCCCGUGGAACUGCCUGAAUACUUUAUGGCUGAUGCAUGGUCCGCGAGCUUCGUUAGGUACCACAGAACAGGUGACCUUUACUGGUGUCGUAGUUAUUUGUAUAGUCAGAAGUAGACAACAGGUGAGCGAUUUCGCAUUACGCCAGCACGACGUGUACGAUUUCCACACAUACAAGUACGUAUGAAUCUGAACAUGUGAUGCAGUGCGGUAUUAAGGUUCGCUUCAGGUGGAGUUAAGUUUCGAGUUAACGCAAGCUGGAAUGGAAUGCGAGAAAAAAAAAAUUCGCUAUCGAAUUUCUCAGCAAUUUGCAGCUACGUAACAUCUCAGCUAUCAUGGACAACACUAAUUUUUCGACAUACACACGAAAAAUAAGCUGAGUAGCGUAAGUACAGUAUAGUACUUACAUUGGAACUUAAAGUAGU